AUGCGGAAGGUUUCCCAGGCAGCGGCAGAUUUGAAACAAUUCUGUCUGCAGAAUGCUCAACAUGACCCCCUGUUGACUGGAGUAUCUUCAAGUACCAAUCCCUUCAGACCCCAGAAAGUUUGUUCCUUUUUGUAGUAAAAUGAAUUUUGAAGGUGUUCUAAACCACUUUUCUUGAACCGGCGAAUAUUCAAAGAAAGCUAAAUCUGAAGCCUGUACAAAGGCUUAUCCUAUAACAUGUGCCAUAUUCUACAAACUUCUGCUUUUGUCAGUCCUUAACAUCUACCUCUCUGAAUUUUCAUGAAUUUCUAUUUCACAAGAAUGAUUAUUUUAUAUACACUGGCAGCAGCAUACAAAUAAAAUACUUAGUAUAAAAAGUAUUUUUGCCUAAUUAUUGGUAAUACACUAUGUAUUAGUUUGUUUUGAACACCUAAAUUAAAUGGCAAUUUUCCCAGUCA